AUGUCCGCCACAGGUCCCCCCGCCGCACAGCAGAAUGGCCCUUCUCAGCCACAGCCGUCAUAUGGAUACAGAAGCUAUCCAUCAACUACCAAUGCCUCUCCAGCGUUCUACUCACAAGUGCCGAGUAAAGUUACUCCUUCUUAUACAAGCAGCCAAUAUGGGCCGGAUUAUUACUAUGCCAACUAUGCAGCACUGCCCCCACAAAACACAGUGGCUCCACCUGUACAUACCAAUCAUUUAAAUGCAAAUCAAGGCUCGCAUCAAUCAUUUCAUGGAGUUUCUUCAGGUGAUCAUAUUUCUGCAUCACAUGGACCAGGCCAGGGUGCAGUUCCUCCUGUAGCUCCUGUCCAUUCAUAUCCUGAAUUUGCUGGUAACUUCAAUUAUGCAUACUCUGCCACUUCAUCUUGUCCUCCUCAGGGAUUACCAGGUCAUUCCAGUCAUUACUCUGCUCCUGUUGUUUCGAAUCCAUUAUAUCAUGGUGCACAAUACUCUUCAAUGUCUGCCAGCAGUCAGUAUGGACAAGUUAUAGCUGCCCAUAGCCUUCAAUCAGCCAAUCAGGUGACUGGCAAUGCACAGAGACUACAGACAGCUACUGCUUCUACGCUACAUCCUAAUGAUUUGCACAGACACAGUGCAUCCCUUGCUCCUUCUGCAGAACCUAGAAAGGCUCAGGCUGGUCAGGUUCAAAAUCACAGUUUAUCUUUUGUACCUACCAAUCAACAAUCUACUUCAGUGUCUUCUUCGUUCUAUGGGGCAGAACAAAAGCCAGAAAUUGGACAGCCUGGUCUUGCUGCAUCUGCUCCUUUGUCUUUGAUGGCAUAUGCGAAUUCUACUACUAGUACUACUACCAAACAGCCAUCAGAACCUGCAUCUUUGAAGUCUUCUCUUCAUCCUCCUCCACCAGCAAUACAGCAAGGCAUGCAGUAUGCUGGAUAUGUCAAUAAUCAAGCUAACUUUGCACCAACUCCCUUGUCAUCCAGCUCAGAUGAUGAGGAAGACGAGGAGGAUGAUGAGGAAGCAGGUAUUGAUGAAAGCUCUUCCACUACUAGCAGUGCAUCGUCUGAGCCAAAAAAUUAUGAUGUCCUAGAAGGAGGGGGAUGCACAGAGAUGCCUGCAGCAACAAAUAGUACGGCUCCUGUUAAUGCCAUACAACAGACAUCAAGACCCUCAAAACCGUUUGGCUAUGGAUACCCAGCUCUCCAACCUGGAUAUCACAAUUCAGCAAGCCCACAUGGCUCCCAGUCAAAUACACCUGUUCACAAGCCAGUUUACUCACAGUAUCCUUCUCACUAUGGUGGGAUUAAUCAAUUGCCAGCUUCCCUAUCGGGGUUAAGUCUACAACAGGCUCCACAGCCAGAAGGCCUGAGACCUAUAAAUCUUACUCAAGAUAGAAAUGUUCUUCCUUUGUCGUCUUUGCCAGCUCCAGCACCAAACCUGAACACAGAUCUGAGAAAAUUAAAUUGCAACCCAGAAUUCUUCAGGUGCACUCUUACAAAUGUUCCACAAACCCAAGCUCUUUUGAAUAAAGCAAAGCUUCCCUUAGGAUUAUUACUUCAUCCUUUUAAAAGUAAACCUCGUAUCCCAACAAUAUCGUCAAGUACCAUUGUAAGAUGUCGGUCCUGCAGAACAUAUAUCAAUCCAUUUGUGUCUUUUAUUGACCAGAGGAGGUGGAAGUGUAAUCUUUGUUACCGAGUUAAUGAUGUGCCAGAAGAGUUCAUGUACAAUCCAGUGACUCGAAGCUAUGGAGAGCCACACAAACAAACCGAGAUUUUGAGUUCUUCUGUGGAGUUCAUUGCUUCUUCUGAUUAUAUGCUUCGACCACCUCCCCCAGCAGUUUAUCUGUUUGUUCUGGAUGUAUCAUACAAUGCUAUAGAGUCGGGGUAUCUACGAUAUUUCUCUCAGUCACUUUUGGAAAAUCUAGACAAAUUGCGUGGAGAUUCCAGAACAAAAAUUGGCUUCAUAACAUUUGAUAGCACUGUGCAUUUCUACAAUUUACAAGAAGGUCUUUCACAACCCCAGAUGCUAAUUGUUUCAGAUGUAGAUGAUAUUUUCUUACCAACCCCUGAUGGUUUACUUGUAAAUUUACAUGAAAGCAUUGAGCUCAUCAAAGAUCUAUUAACAGCUCUGCCCAGCAUGUUUUUAAGCACAAGAGAAACACAUAGUGCUUUAGGCCCUGCUCUUCAGGGAGCAUUUAAAUUGAUGUCUCCAACGGGUGGACGUAUAUCGGUGUUUCAGACUCAGUUGCCAUCUUUGGGUGCUGGUCUAUUACAGUCUAGAGAAGAUCCUAACCAAAGGUCCAGCACUAAGGGUAUACAGCAUCUGGGUCCUGCCACUGAUUUCUAUAAGAAGUUGGCCUUGGAUUGCUCAGGACAGCAAACAGCAGUGGACUUGUUCCUUCUAAGUUCUCAAUAUUCUGACUUGGCAUCUUUAGCCUGCAUGUCAAAGUUUUCUGCUGGUUGCAUCUAUUAUUAUCCCUCAUUCCACCACAAGCACAAUACAGCCCAGGCUAAUAAACUAAAACAAGAUCUUGAUCAUUAUCUCACUAGGAAGAUUGGAUUUGAAGCAGUUAUGAGAAUACGUUGUACAAAAGGCCUCUCAAUACACACCUUUCAUGGGAAUUUCUUUGUGCGUUCUACGGAUCUGUUGUCUCUCGCUAACAUUAAUGAAGAUGCAGGGUUUGCAGUGCAAAUGUCCAUAGAUGAAAGUCUGACAGAUACAUCGCUGGCAUGCUUUCAAGUUGCUCUUCUUUAUACAUCUAGCAAAGGUCAGCGAAGGAUACGUGUGCAUACAUUAUGCUUGCCAGUGGUAAAUUCAUUGCCAGAUGUGUUUGCUGGAGCAGAUGUACAGGCUAUUACCAGCCUUUUGGCAAACAUGGCUGUAGACCGAUCCAUAUCAUCCAGUAUUUCUGAUGCAAGAGAUGCCUUAGUGAAUGCUGUAGUGGAUUCUUUGUUGUCAUACAAUUCCACACUUUCAAGUCUACAGCCAUCUGCACUGAUAGCACCCAAUUCUCUUAAGCUAUUUCCACUCUAUAUACUGGCUCUUCUAAAGCAAAAAGCUUUUAGGACUGGCACCAGCACACGUCUGGAUGAUCGAGUCUUUGCAAUGUGCCAGAUAAAAUACCAGCCACUAGCUCAUCUGAUGAAAAUGAUUCACCCCAGCCUCUACAGAAUAGACAGGCUCACUGAUGAGGGUGCUAUACUUGUUAAUGACCUGGCUGUACCACAGCCACCUCUACAGCACUUAUCAGCAGAGAAGCUUGAAAGAGAAGGCGCCUUUCUCAUGGAUGCUGGUUCAGCUCUGUACCUAUGGAUUGGAAGGAACUGUGAUGCUGCCUUUUUAAAGGAUGUUCUAGGUUUCCCAAACUAUGCAUCGGUGCCACCAAAAAUGAGCCAGCUUCCAGAGUUGGAUACAUUAGCAUCAGAAAGAACAAGAAAUUUUAUUUCAUGGCUCAAACAGGAUAGUCCCUUAAAUCCUGUUUUGCAUGUACUAAAGGAUGACAGUGUUGGAAAGACUGAAUUUUUCCAGCAUCUAAUUGAAGACCGAUCAGAGGCUGCUUUCUCUUAUUAUGAAUUUUUACUUCACAUUCAACAGCAAAUAUGCAAGUAA